UCGGCACGUCAGAACUCCUAGUAGCCAUCUUAGCUAAGGGCAAAGCCGAAGCCCACAGGCUUUCAAGCUGAGAACGAAGUAUUGUGACAGUGUAGCGCAUAAUUACAGCCGCCUGCUUGUGCCGUAGAUAUGGAUUUCCUUCCACGUCUUGGAAAGCACUUUAAUGGCCAGUAACUGUAAUGGUGUUUGUACGAGACUGCACGAGGUAAUGUUGUGACCUAGGUGGACCUUCAAGUGGAUUACAAUGGUGAAAUUUAACAGCAAGCUUUUCAAGGGUGUGCUAGCACUUGAAUUGGCCGGCGUCAUUGGGGCGUACCUGCUGUACUUCAGAAUGGAUUCAAGCCAAGGUCAAGUUCUUACAGCUCUGCACCAUUUUACAGAUGGAUAUCCCACACCUGCCUGUGCAGAUUUCCGGCAUACAAUGAACAGGAGAUUUCCCUCAGUUUUAGAAGUUUACUAUAAAUCUAAUGAAUGGGCUGGCAUACAUGGAAUCCGGGAGCGAGAUGCACUUGCCUGGGAGACAAGGAAGAACUGACAUGCACCACCAAACCAUCUAAUAUCUGCACGGACAUCAAAAUACAUAUCCUGCAGAGAUUUAUCUUCUUUGGCGUUUCACCUCAUGGACUCUAUCGUGAACCUGGAAGUUGUUGCUAUUGUAAAGAUAUAAUUGAGAUUUCCAAUUGUAAUCAUCAAGAUCUGGAAGAUAGUUAUUGUAUCAGGCCGAAGUGGCAUUUUUGUAAAUUACAUUAUUUUUAACAUGCGUCUAUGGA